CGUGAUUUAUUUUUUGAUGGUUAUGGUGAUGAUAACGACGACGAUGGAGAGUGAUUGGGGAACAUGGGAGGAGCUUCUUCUCGGCGGCGCUGUUCUCCGUCAUGGAACCGGUGACUGGACCGUCGUCGCUGAGGAACUCCGUUCUCAUUCUCUACCUGAGAUUUUCACACCUGAGAUAUGCAAGGCCAAGUACAAGGACUUGCGAAAACGUUAUUUGGGAUGCAAAGCUUGGUUUGAAGAGCUUAAGAAGAAACGAGUAGCUGAGCUUAAGGCAGCUUUACUUAAAUCCGAAGACUCUAUUGGGUCUUUGGAAUCAAAGCUUCAGAGUCUGAAGUCAGAAAGUAACGAUGAAUGUCAUCAAAACAAUUAUGAUUCUAGCCGAACGUUAUCACUUGAACCCUCCCCGAAAUCCGAGGGCGGAGGAGAAUGCACGAGCAAAGAUACAUCCAAAGACUUGUCAUCAGUUGGUAGUUUCACACAGCAAGAGCUGACCAUAACAAACUGGUCACCGGAAGCUAAGUCAGAAGCUCCAGUACUAGUAAUAGAGCAAGAGAAGACGAAAAACCUAUUACACAGCGACAUUUUUGAGUCAGUGUAUGGGGGUGGAGGACAAGUGCUUCUGAGUAUGAGGAAGAAACGAGGCAAGAGAAAACGAAAAGAUUGCAGUGUCAGUGUUGGUAAAGAAGUGACGGAAGUUAGCGCUGUGGAAGAAAGCGAUUUGUUGGAUACUUCUGCGGAUAUUGCUAGCAUUUCUAGGAGUAAAGAAGCUGCUUCUACUAGCAGCAGUCAAAGCCGAGGUCAUGGUUUGGCUAUACCAAAGGAGCUUAUGAAGAUAUACAACACUAUCGUACAGAACGAAUGUGCACUCGUCUUCCGUAGACGGCUUGAUAGCCAGAAAAGGGGGAGAUACAAGAAAUUGGUACAGAGGCAUAUGGAUUUAGACACUAUACAAUCAAGAAUCAACGGUUGUUCGAUAUCUUCAGCGAAAGAGCUUUUUAGGGACUUUCUUUUGGUGGCGAACAAUGCAGCUAUUUUUUACUCUAAGAACACUCGUGAAUACAAAUCCGCGGUGAGCCUUAGAGACAUUGUUACAAAGUCUCUAAGACACUAUUUGACAGAAGAUCAUCAUCCUCAUCGCAGCAGCAUUACUGCAAGCACGAAGGUUGUGGUUCUUCCUCAGAAAUCUACAUCUCCUGCUGUCCGAACGAGCAUGGCAGCUAAAAAACCAAGAACCGGGGCGCACCCUCUUAAAACGGUUGUGCAUGAUAUGGCAAAGACUUCAAGCAGAGGUAACAAAAGGUCUGUUACGGAUUUACCAGUUUCUGUUGUGAAAUCCUCAGCAGCGGGUAAGAAGGGAACAGUGGUAGAGAGAAGAAAGGACGGUAGACAAGCAAAUCGUGGACUCGAAUCUCCUGCAUCGAUGGGGAGAAAGCGGAACCGGAUCUCCAUCUUUGGAUUGAAAUCAGUAAUUUUAUUCUCUAAAGGUUCCAAGAGAAAUCAAGGUAGCACAAAAGGCUUCACAUUCGAUGAUGGUUGUGACCAUGACGGUGUUUCCAAGAUUUUUGUUGGAGGUGGUCUUCAAGGAAUUCUGUACAUGGAGUUUGAAUAUGUAAACAGUGGACUGCUGAAAUUUGGAACACUUGUUGGUCGUCGACAUAGAGGUUUCAUAGAGACGUUUGAGAUUAACCAUCUCAACAAUGAAUAUCUCGAAUCUAUAGAGGGCUUCUACGACCAUGAAUCUGGUUACAUUCAAGGACUUCAAUUUAAAACCAAUUUUAGGAUUUCAGAACUAAUUGGAUAUGAUAAGGGUAACAAGUUUACACUUGGAGUCGAGGGAAAGAAUAUCAUUGGGUUCCAUGGCCAUAUGAGGAACAGAAAUAUUAUCUCCCUUGGAGCAUAUUUCACUUGGAAUCAUCCUACAAGAUUCAAAGCAAAAGGUAGCAAGGGAGGGCAUAAGUGGGAUGAUGGAGCUGACCAUGAUGGUAUAGCAAAGAUUCAUGUACGAGGUGGUUUUGAAGGCGUUCAAUAUAUCAAAUUUGAUUAUGUCAAUAGUGGAAAAGCCCAAGAAGGAUCAAUCCAUGGUUUCUCGGGUAGCGGUUUCACGCAAACGUUUGAGAUCAACUAUCUUUACAAUGAACAUCUAGUAUAUGUUGAGGGUUACUACGACGUUGCAUCUGGUGUUAUCCAAUCACUUCAAUUUAAAACUAACUUCAGGACUUCGGAGAUGCUAGGAUAUGAAAAGGCAUAUUUCACAACGGUUCCCAUUACCAAAUCAGAAUGUCGCGGUGGUACUGGAGGCAUAUCUUGGGAUGAUGGUGUUUUCGAGAGCAUAAGAACGGUGUAUGUUAGUUAUAAUACCACUAACAUAAAGAGUAUUACAUUUCACUACCACAACCGCACAGUUGUAGAGCGACAACACGGGUGGCAAAGUGUUCAAGACGAAGGAGAAGAAGAAGAGUUUGAGCUCGACUAUCCAAAUGAACUGAUCACUUAUGUGGAGGGGACAUUUAAAUCCUUUGGGCCUAGCGAUAUGAGAGUUACGUCAUUGAUUUUGAAAUCAUCCGAAGGGAGAACCUCUCCAACAUUUGGAAAUGUGUCUGGUACCAAAUUUGUGUUAGAGAACAAAGGAUGUGCUGUCGUUGGGUUCCAUGGACGACACAAUGAUCGUGAUCUCGUUGCUAUUGGAGCAUAUUUUAGUCAGAUACCUCCUCCCACUGCAGAGAAACUACGACCGCAAGGUGGUUAUCGAGGAGGUUCAUGGGACGAUGGUGUUUACGAUAAUGUUAGAAAGAUAUAUGUAGGAAAAUGCGAAAAUGGCAUCGCAUUCCUCAAGUUUGUGUACGAUAAGGAUACUCGAAUGGUUAUUGGAGAUGAUCAUGGAAACAAAACACCACUAGAUAUCAAAGAGUUUGAGGUCGAAUAUCCAAGUGAAUACAUUACGGCCGUGGAUGGUUGUUACGACAGAGUAAUUGGAAGUGAAGUCGAGGUUAUAACUAUGCUUAGGUUUAAGACGAACAAACGAACAUCCAUACCCGUUGGAUUUGAAUCUACCUCAAGCUUUCUACUCUACAAAGCAGGCUGCAAAAUUGUUGGAUUUCAUGGAAAAGCAAAGCAGUCAGAGCCUCAAGCGUAUCCUCCUGGAGAUCCGGCAAUUCGUUUUGGAAGUUGUUACCUUGAGAGGAACAGCCAAACGCGUGACUCUGAGCCUCAGAGUUCUGAUGUGGAGACGGAGGAGGAUCCUGCUGUGGAAACAGAGGAGGAUCCUGCUGCGGAGAAAGAGGCUGUCGGUGUUGAGGUGUUUGCUGUGGACGCCAUCGCUGACGAGGCGCAGAUUUUUAGGUCUACGGUUUGCAGCGGUGGAACCAACGGCUCUCUAAGACGCGUUGGGAGCAUUUCUUCUCUUCCGGCCUCGCUUACCAGUCAUCUUGUUCCGGAUUCGCAGGAAACAGAGUGAAGAGACGAAGGGUCAGACGAAUUGCUACGCGAAUCGAGGAAUUAGGGUUUGAUUUGAGGAAGUUUUGGGGAAGAAAUGGAGAUUAGGGUU